AUGAACAAGGAAAACGUUUGGAUUUCCGGCCGUGAGGUUAUUGGGAGGGAGUUUAUUGAUUUCUUCAAAGGUAUAUUUACGGAAGCUUCAUCCUCUCUAGAUUAUAACUGCUGUCAGUUGAUUCAUGAGCGACUCUCUCAGGAGGAGUUGAAUGACCUUGUUGGUACCCCUAGUGCUGAUGAGAUAAAGAGGACUUUGUUUACCAUGAACACCCAUAAAGCCCCGGGUCCUGAUGGGAUGUCAGUCCUUUUCUACAAACAUUACUGGGAUUCCGUUGGAUCGGAUUUCUGUGAUGCGAUCCUAGACUUCUUUAAGAAUGGUAAUAUGCAUAGAGGGAUUAAUGCCACGAACAUUGUGCUCAUCCCGAAGGUCCAAAACCCUACCCGAACCAAUCAUUUUAGACCGAUCUCUCUGUGUAAUGUGGUGUACAAAGUCAUAGCUAAAAUUCUGGCUAAUAGAAUUAGACCCAUUCUUCCUUCCAUUAUCUGUCCAACGCAAGCUGCUUUUGUCCCAGGUAGAAACAUCCAUGAUAACAAUGUCAUUGUCCAAGAAAUUAUCCACUCCUUUAAUAGAAAAAAGGGAAAGGAGGGAUUCUUUGCUAUAAAAAUUGACCUUGUUAAAGCAUACGAUAGGUUGAGCUGGAAAUUUAUUGAUCAUGUCUUGGAGUGUUAUGGUAUUCCGCCAAAAUUCCGCCAUUGGAUAUCGCAAUGUAUUUCUACUACAACCCUAAAUAUUUGUCUUAAUGGGGGUCCUGUUGGCAAAAUCAACCCUUCCUGUGGGCUCCGUCAGGGAGACCCGCUUUCCCCUUAUCUUUUCAUCUGGGCGGCUGAUGUUCUUUCAAGAUUAAUUCAUGAUGCCCUUGACCAGGGUUCUAUCAAAGGUAUUAAACUCAGUAGAGGUGGUCCUGUGCUAUCCCACAUUUUCUUUGCGGAUGACUUAAUUUUGGUGGGCAGAGCCAAUUUAGUUGAAGCUAAUGGAGUCUGGAGCUGCUUAGAAAAAUUCUGCUCAUGGUCUGGCCAACAGGUGAAUAAGCUCAAGACGACAAUUUUCUUCAGUAAGAAUACGCCGGUGAACAUGCGGAGGGAUAUCAAGGAAGGUCUGGGUAUUGAUUAUCCUGAGGGGUGCUUAAAAUACUUGGGUCUUCCCCUUUUCCGGUCUAGGCAAAAGGACGCUGAUUUCAACUUUAUUUUAGACAACCUCACGGCUAAACUUCAAGGUUGGAAGGCAAAGACUCUUUCAAAGGCGGGGCGGGCUACUCUAAUAAAGUCCGUGGGCUUGUCCUUGCCAAUGUAUGCUAUGCAAACUACAAAACUAUCAUCUCGUAUGGUUAAUAGGAUCGAUAGUCUGGUUAGAGAUUUUUGGUGGGGUUUUGAGAAGGGAAACCAUGGGAUCCACCUAAAGGCUUGGGACAAGCUUUGCCUCCCCAAAUCGUUAGGUGGAUUGGGUUUCCGCAAGACAAAAGAAAUGAACCAGGCCUUCUUGGCUAAAUGGGGGUGGAAUAUUCUAACCGGUAGCCAAUCUCUAUGUACUCAAGUAUUGAACGCGAAGUACCUCCGGGGAAAUGACUUUCUCUCUUGCAGGUAUAAAAAUUCUGAUUCUUGGUUUUGGAAAAAUGUUGUCAAGGCUAAUUCUAUCUUGAAAAAAGGGGCUUGUAAGUUGAUUGCUAACGGAGAAUCAACGAAAAUAUGGUCGGACCCAUGGAUUCCUCAUUCUAAAGGCUUUUGCCCGAAGCGUAGGAGGGGUGCCCCUACCAUCUUUAAUUGUGUAGGGGAGUUACUCUGUAAUGAUGGUCACUGGGACCUUCAAAAGCUGAAUUCUCUGUUUGAGAAGGACACGGUUGCGGCCAUUUUGAAAGGGGGUCACCCCUCUGGUGUUGGUCAAGAUAGAUGGGUUUGGACGCUGGAAAGUAACGGGCAGUUCUCGUGUAAGUCUGCUUAUCUAUCCCAAGCCCUGGAAAGAGCUCCUCACUGUGAUGUUGCGCCAAAGCUUUGGAAUAAAUUGUGGAAUAGCAAAAUCUUGGAGCGACACAAAGUCAUGUGGUGGAGCAUCUUAUCCAAUGCUCUUCCUGUAAGAGGUGUUAUAGGAAAACGUUUCCAUAUAGAGGACUCGAGUUGCCCCCUUUGUGGCGUGGGGGAAGAGUCUGUUGAACAUCUUUUCCUUUCUUGUGAUGUAGCUCUUCACUUAUGGCGUUCAUCUCCGUGGGGUAUCUAUCCAGUCUGUGAUACGGGCAUUCGUGUCUGGGAUUGGAUUAAGUUCAUCUGGGAUCUUAAACACAAAGGGGCCAGUGCCGAUGAUAUAUUCUUGUAUGCUUCUAUUGUUGUGGAUACUAUAUGGAGGGUGCGUAAUGAUAAGGUCCAUAAUAACUGUCCUGUUGACUUUAACAAAUGCUUUGAUAUUAUUUGUACCUCUUAUGCAGAUAUGUAUGAUUCUCUACUCUCUAGUCCAACUCUGGUGCUAAAGGAAGCUUGGUCCCCUCCCCCUGAGGACUGGAUAAAGCUGAACUGUGAUGUGAAAGUCGGUCUGGAGAGUUCGUGUAUUGCGGUGGUUGCUAGAGAUCAUCUUGGCAGAGUGAUUAAUGUUCACACGGCUCGGGAGGAGUUCUCGGAUGCCCUGUGUGGUGAAGCUGCGGCUUGCUGCUUGGCUGUAUCAGUUGCUUCAAAUUUCGGCUAUAAGUAUGUUAUUGUGGAGAAUGAUUCGAGAGUAGUCAUCGACGCUAUCAAUGGGAAUGGAUCUCGUUGGGCCUUAGAGAACUACGUCUCAUUUUGUACUAAGUCAUCUCCUUUAUUUAAUUCCUGUUGUUUUUCUUAUGUUAGCAGAUCUUGUAACUUUGCCGCUCAUAAUGUGGCUAGAUGGGCUUUCUCCCAUCAGUUGUAUGGUUCUAUCCCGGUCCCUUCUAUACCGGAUGCUAUUUUAUGUAAUGACCGUGAGGUCUAA